AUGGAAAAAAAUGCAGAGCCUGAAACUAUUGAUUCCCUUACUUACAAUGAGGAAAAUAUAGAAGAGAAAUCACAUGAUUUAUGUGGAGAAUUAUUCACAAGAAAGAAUUUAAUUCGGCAUCAGUCAAUUCACUCAGUCACAAAGCUGUAUAACUGUGAAGUUUGUGGAAAGACAUUUACAAGCAGUACUUUGUUAACUAGCCACAAAGAUAUCCACACUGGAGAAAAAUUAUACCAAUGUUAUAUCUGUGAUGAAAAGUUUUCAACAAAGGACAAUUUGUCAUCUCACACAUGUAUUCAAACAGCAGAAAGACCAUACUGUUGUGAUAUAUGUGGUAAAACAUUUUGUAAAAGUGGUCAGUUGUCUUCUCAUAAAUAUAUUCAUUCAAGAGAGACACCAUACCAUUGUGAUAUCUGUGGUCAACCAUUUUCUAGAAGUGGUCAUUUGAUUAACCACAAACGCAUCCACACUGGAGAAAGGCCAUACAAUUGUGAUAUUUGUGGUAAAACAUUUUCUAGAGUUAGUGAAUUAUCUUCCCACAAACGUAUUCACUUGGGUGAAAGACAAUAUCACUGUCAUAGCUGUGAUAAAAUAUUUUCUAACAGAACUGAUUUGUCUUCUCAUAAACAUAUUAACUCGGGAGGACAAAUAUACCACUGUGAUAUCUGUGAUACAACAUUCUCUCAAAGCGGAAGUUUAUCUCAACAUAAGCGUAUUCAUACAGGAGAGAAGCCAUACCAGUGUGAUAUUUGCAAGAAAAAAUUUUCUACUAGCAGUUCUCUGUCCACCCACAAACGUACUCAUACUGGCGAAAGACCCUACCGUUGUGAUAUCUGUGGUAAAACAUUCACUCAAAAUAUGGAAGAAAAUGCUGAAAUUAUUGAUUCCGCUACACAUACAGAGGGAAAUAGAGAAGAGAAAUCAUAUUUACAUGAUUUAUGUGGGGAAUUAUUCACAAGUAAGGAUUUAAUUCGGCAUCAGUCAAUUCACUCAGUCUCCAAACUGUAUAACUGUGAAGUUUGUGGAAAGACAUUUACAAGCAGUACUUUGUUAACUAGCCACAAAGAUAUCCACACCGGAGAAAAAUUAUACCAAUGUUAUAUGUGUGAUGAAAAGUUUUCAACAAAGGACAAUUUGUUAUCUCACACAUGUAUUCAAACAGCAGAAAGGCCAUACUGUUGUGAUAUCUGUGGUAAAACAUUUUCUAGAAGUGGUCAUUUGAUUAAACACAAACGUAUCCACACUGGAGAAAGGCCAUACAACUGUGAUAUUUGUGGUGAAACAUUUUCUAGAAUUAGUGAAUUAUCUUCCCACAAACGUAUUCACUUAGAUGAAAGACAAUAUCGCUGUCACAUCUGUAAUAAAAUAUUUUCUAAAAGUACUGAUUUGUCUUCUCAUAAGCAUAUUCACUCAGGAGGACGAAUAUACCACUGUGAUAUCUGUGAUACAACAUUCUCUCGAAGUGGAAAUUUAUUUCGACAUCAGCGUUUGUUAACUAUUGACCAUUCCUUCAAAUUUAAACUUUGUGGCAACUUAGUAUAUCUUUACUAUUUACCAUCAAAAGAAGAAAUCUCAGUGACUUGGAGAUAUAAGAAAUGUGUUACAGUAUUAUUAGAAAGAAAAAUAAAUUGA